AUGAACGCCGUGCUGCAGUGCCUGAGCAACACGGAGCCGCUGGCCGAGUUCCUGGCGCUGGAGCAGUUCCGCGGGCCCGGCCCGCCCCCGCCGCCCCCCGAGCCCGAGCCCGAGCCCCGCGCCGGGGAGGUGACGGAGCAGCUGGCGCAGCUGGUUCGCGCCCUCUGGACCCUCCAGUACACGCCGCAGCACAGCCGCGAGUUCAAGGGGAGCCCGCCCGACGCCUCGGCCGGCCCCGCAGUGCGGAGAGCGCCUCCUGCCCUCCCGGCCGCCGCCGCCCCCGAGCCCGAGCCCGAGCCCCGCGCCGGGGAGGUGACGGAGCAGCUGGCGCAGCUGGUUCGCGCCCUCUGGACCCUCCAGUACACGCCGCAGCACAGCCGCGAGUUCAAGAGCAUCGUUUCCAAGAAUGCUUUGCAGUUCCGGGGGAGCUCACAGCACGACGCGCAGGAGUUCCUGCUCUGGCUUCUCGACCGAGUGCAUGAAGAUCUCCACAAUUUAGUGAAGAACAGUGAUGGAAGAGCACCUGUGAAGCCACCGUUAGAAGAAGAUUCCCUAAUUGAGGGGAGCCUUUUGCCGGUCAACAGCACUUUUGUCCAGGAACUCUUCCAAGCUCAGUACAGGUCAUCCUUGACAUGUCCUCAUUGCCAGAAGCAGAGCAACACUUUCGAUCCUUUCCUUUGCAUUUCUCUGCCGAUCCCGCUGCCCCAUACACGCCCGCUCUAUGUUACCGUGGUCUAUCGAGGGAAGUGCUCCCACUGCAUGCGCAUUGGAGUGGCCGUGCCUUUAUCCGGAACAGUCGCCCAGCUGAGGGAAGCGGUGGCCAGAGAAACCAAAAUACCUGCCAAACAGAUUGUGCUCACGGAGAUGUAUUACGAUGGCUUCCAUCGCUCUUUCUCUGACGUGGAUGACCUGGACACGGUGCAAGAGAGCGACUGUAUCUUCGCCUUUGAGACCCCGGAGAUCUUCUGGCCAGAAGGGAUCCUAAGCCAGAGAGGAAUCCACGCCAACAGCAAUCUGAACCACUUGAAAUACAGCCUCGACCAUGCCAAGUCGGCCACUUACGCCCAGGCGAGGCUGGAGAGUGGCAGUGCCCGGACAAUGGCAGCAGCUGCUGCCCUGAGUGAUAAGCUGGUCAUCUUGGUGUGUAACAGAGCCUGCAGUGGACAGCAGGGAAAGAGGUUUGGCCAGCCCUUCGUGCUCCAUUUGGAGAAGACCAUCCCUUGGGACCUUCUGCAGAAGGAGAUCUUGGAGAAGAUGCAGUAUUUUCUGCGCCCCUCAGCCUGCAUUCAGGUGUGUCCGUUCAGCUUGCGAGUGGUCAGUGCUGUGGGCAUCACGUACCUCUUGCCUCAGGAGGAGCGGCCUCUCUGCCACCUGAUGGUGGAACGAACCUUGAAGUCUUGUGGGACAGGUGGAACCCCCCACGUGAAGUUGGUGGUCGAAUGGGACAAGGAGACGAAAGACUACUUGUUCAUCAACACGGAGGAGGAGUACAUCCCUGACGCCGAGAGUGUCCGCCAGCAGAGGGCGCUGCACCAGCAGCCGCAGUCCUGCACCUUAGCCCAGUGUUUCCAGCUCUACACCAAAGAGGAGCAGCUGGCCCCCGACGAUGCCUGGCGCUGCCCCCACUGCAAGCAGCUGCAGCAAGGAAGCAUCAGCCUGAGCCUCUGGACGCUGCCUGACGUGCUCAUCAUUCACUUGAAGCGCUUCCGACAGGAAGGAGACCGGCGCAUGAAGCUGCAGAACAUGGUCCGGUUUCCCCUGACUGGCCUUGACAUGACCCCUCACGUGGUCAAGCGAAGCCAGAGCAGCUGGAGCCUGCCCUCCCACUGGUCCCCCUGGAGGCGCCCCUAUGGCUUGGGCAGAGACCCAGAGGACUUCAUCUACGACCUGUACGCGGUGUGCAACCACCAUGGCACCAUGCAGGGGGGGCAUUACACAGCCUACUGCAAGAACUCUGUGGAUGGCCUCUGGUACUGCUUUGAUGACAGUGAGGUCCAGCAGCUGGCCGAGAACGAGGUGUGCAAGCCCACUGCCUACAUCCUCUUCUACCAGCGGCGGACGGCCAUUCCUGCCUGGUCAGCCAACAGUUCUGUGGCAGGUUCUACCAGCUCCUCCUUGUGUGAGCACUGGGUGAGUCGGUUGCCGGGCAGCAAACCGCCCAGCGUGACCUCAGCGGCCUCCUCCAGGCGCACCUCCUUGGCUUCCCUCUCGGAGUCGGUGGAACUGAUGGGGGAGCGGAGUGAGGAUGACGGAGGGUUUUCGACCCGGCCCUUUGUGAGGAGCGUCCAGCGCCAGAACUUGUCUUCCAGAUCCUCAGUGACCAGCCCUUUGGCCACCAAUGAAAACGGGAUCCGUCCAUCGUGGUCCCUCUCCGCCAAGCUGCAGAUGCGCUCCAGCUCAGCUUCUCCUGUCCACGGCUCCUCUGGCACUCUGGAGAGAAUUGGAGAGUCGGCCGAUGACCGCGUGGCCACCUCCUGCUUUGGCAGCCGGCGGAGUCUCUCCGGCAGCCCCCUGGAGCCCAGGGCAGCAGGAGGCGGCCACCGUGGCCAGCAGGACUCUCGGACACUUGGCAGGGCCCCCCUGGCAGUCAUGGAAGGGGUCUUCAGAGAAGAUGGCCCAGCGUGGAAAGCCUCAGGCAAGACAGGCCCAAACAGCUCCCCUCUGGGCCCCUUUGACAACAACAACCAGAUUGCCUUCGUUGACCAGAGUGACUCUGUGGAAAGCUCUCCGGUCAAGGACGGUCAGAACUUUGGCUGGGCGGCCAAGCCGGAGGGUGGCAGCCCCCUCCAAGCCCCUCCCUCCCAAGACAGCCUUGGGCCAGGCAGCAGCUUGAACUCAGAGCGGGCAAUCUUGUCCAGCCAGGAUUCCCUGACAUCUCACCGGUCGGUCGCAUCCCCCCCUCCCUCCAAAGCCUUGCCGAAGGCGUCCCGUUCCCGGAGCAAGCUGGAGUCGUGCAGGGCCAGUGGGCGCCCUGGUUCUCCUGCAGCCAGGCCGGGCAAGAAAGAGGCUGGCGCGAAGGGCCCUGAGGCCGCCUCUGCCACCUCCACCCAGCCGAAGCACCGGCCGGUUUCCUCGCCGUCUUCCUCUGCGGCGGCCAGAAGGAGCUCCUCUGGGGGCUCUGUGCGGGGACACCCCCCCUCAGGCAAGAGCAGGACUUCAGAGCGCGGCCUCAGCAGGGAGGGCUCCAAGCUGAGCAUGAGCUCAGAGAAGACGAGUGGGGCUGCUAGCCCGCGCACAAACUCUCCCCGGCUGGGCCAGGCACGUGGGGAGGGCAGGACCCCCGAGAGCAAACACGUGCGCAGCACCUCCCUGGCCAGCCUACGCUCACCUGGCCCUGGUCCCCGGUCCAGCCUGAAGAGGGACAGCAAGUCAGAGGAGAAAGGCUUGUCCUUCUUCAAAUCCGCCCUCCGCCAGAAGGAGACCCGCCGGUCAGCUGACCUGGGCAAGACCAGCCUGCUGGCCAAAAAGGUGGGGGGUGGCUCCUGUAAGGCUGCGGGGAAGACCCUCUCGGAGGAGAAGCUUCCGGAGAAGGCAACGCUACCCAAUGCCAGCAUGGCUGCCAAAGACCCCCUCAUACCCGGCAAACGCUCCUUGCUGACCGCUUGCAAAUUGCAGUCUUCCCAGCCGGAGGGCAGCCCCAAGUCCCCCGGAGGGGGAAGGCCGGCCAUCAACAAGGCUCUGCCCAGGCUCCCACCGGGGGUCUCCUCCUCCACCCGCACAUCUUCCGUGUCACCGUGAUCCGCUGCUACUCGGCUGCUGCUCUUCAGCUGCCCCGGAGGGGCAGACCCUUCCUUGUUUUCCGUGGAUGGGGGAACCUCGCUGCUCAGGCCCCUCCCAGUUCUGUCCUCGUGCCAGGUCGCCGUGGGCAUUUGCAGAGUUGCCCAGGGACCCCCCCCCCCCAGCCUGGAGCCCUCCUGGAGUGCAUGACUGCCAGCCGGGAGGUCUUGCCAGGUGUGCUCUCCUGGGGCCGGCCAGGGCAGGUGGUGGCCCAGCUCUGUGAGCUGAGAAGGCCCACGGAGGGAGCCCGGGGCACAAAUGGCCCCCUGGUCCUGCUUCUCCCUCCUUGUCUCCCCAUGUCACAAGCUUCCCCCAGGGCAAUAUCUCAGCGCUUACAUUAUUUCUCAGGUAAAUGCUCAGCCAGAACUAGGAGGAACCGAAGACUCUGAGAAAGGUGCCUUCUCUCUCUCUCUCUCUCUGUCUCUCUCUGUCUCUCUCCUCUCUUUUCACAUUCUCUUCAUUCUGAAAGGUUUCUGUUGCUGUCUUUAUGGCCUGUCCUGCCUGGGGCCUCCUUUGUCCCUCCUUAUCCUUCUGAGCAAGGGAGGGAAGGGGAGCUGGGAAGGUGGCUGGGAAGGCAGCUUUGUGCUGCCCCUGGAAGGAUGGCCCAACUCCAGCCCCUUCAGGGCUUCUGGCGGGAGGGGUGCUCUGCUUUGGGGGGCCCAACCAGACCAGGCUGUUUCUGUUCUUGCUGCUUCUCCUGUGGGGUGGCUUGGCUUUUCAGCCCAAGACCCCCAUCUUGCCCCAGCUCUCUCUGGAACCAGGACUGUGUCUUCCUCCCCAUGUUUUUCAUCAUAUUUCCCUGGCGGUCCUGGGUGCUCUGAACUUCUGACACCCGCCUUGUUCUUUCUUGCUCAGCUCUUCCCAAACAUCCUCCGUGUCCGCUGGCUGGGUACGGACAUGCAGAAAGGAAGGAUGCCUUAGAUCCUCUCGUAUUCUAGAUGGCAGGUGGGCCCCCUCCCCGUGCAGAGUAGCAGCAGGACCUGCGGUUUUCUUGCUGCCUCUGCUUUGCAGGUCCCGUCCCUCCCCCCGAUGAACUGAGCCCCCCGCCCUCUGUGGCUGACACUCUAAGCUCCUCUUUGGCUGCUCUGCGGGGGGCUCGGUCUUCUCCCUGGCAGCUCUAGGAGGAAGCUUUUGCCCCCUGCUCAGUCUUGGGUUAAAUCCCUGUAAGCAAGAGUGUUAAGGAGCCACUCACUUGCUCCACCCCCUUGGAAAGCAAGAGGGAGCUCCCUUCACAUGUUUUACGGAACGUCCAGGAAGCUUCUCCAACUAGCUCCAUCCAAAAACAUUGGGAUCGAAUUCCCAGAAUUCCUAGCUCCCAUGCUGGGGCCUUUUGGAAGUCACGGUCUUAUCAUAUUCGGGAAGCACCGGUUGGAGAAAUGGGCUUCUGUUGAAAUGAGGAUGAACUUUGAUGCUUCAGUUUGGAGAAGAGCAGCUGGCUCCUGGGUGGGGGGCAAAGCAUUGCAGGCUGGUCUCUUGUCUACGUGAGGCACAACGUGUGUGUGUGCGUGUGUGCGUGUGUGCGUGCAUGUAUUUGCUGUAGCAGCAGUUCAUGCAGCAAGGAGGAAGAGAGCCGGUGAGAAUAGGAGUCCACCUGACCCUUGAGGCGUCUGUCCCCUGUUCAGACUUUCUUUUUUGUGGAGUAAGACCAGCUUGCUUGGAGCAGCCUUCUAAAGCUCUCUGUGGCCGAGUCUCUUACGGUGGGGGCUCCCUCUUGGUUCUCCCUUGUCCCAUGGAGCUCCUCUCAGUGAGAGAAACGGGCCGUUGGUUCCUGAGCUCCUCCGUUGCCAACACUGUCACCUAGGGCUCAGGGGGCAUCUGAACAAGUUGGCCUCAGAAUCAAGGUGUUGUGAUGCCAGACUAUCCUCUCUAGAAGCUUCUUGAGUUCUUGGGGUUGGGUAGGGUGGGGGUGGGGACUGGUAGUAACUAAUUCUGGCAUCCUUCAAAGAGGAUGGGAACCACAUUCAUCCUCCGCAGGCAUCUUUCUUCCUUGUGUGAUCAUCCUUCUAGUACAGAAGAGUCCAAUUCCUCAUCCCAGAAGGCUUUUCUUCUUUCUUUCUUUCUUUCUUUCUUUCUUUCUUUCUUUCUUUCUUUCUUUCUUUCUUUCUUUCUUUCUUUCUUUUUCUUUUUUUUUUCUGAUUCGGUUGGUGUUAAUUUGUACCUUGUUCUGUUCAGAAGAGGUUACACCUUGAACACUUCACAUUACUUGUCCUCAAUACGCCACACGAAGCCUUUGCAACUUAACUUUGCAGCCCUUGCUUUAAGUCCGUGUCUUUACACACAGAUGAGGCUCAGCUCAGCUCAGAGAAGGACAGGGAAGUUCCACACUCCAGGAGUGACUUAAUUCUGCAGACAGUUUUGUGCUUGGCAAUCACAUCUGGAAUGCUGAGCAUGGCCAGUUACUUUCCCCCUACUAUCGAAGUUCAAUUUGCAUGGUACCGCUCAGCUGUUCCCUAUGCAUGCCCAUAUUAAGUACGCAAACAGCUCUUGCAAGCUACAGUAGGAUACACCAUGGGAAGGAUAAGCUCCCCAUUUCCCUUCUGAGGUUUCUAAGUUGCAGCUCCCAGCAUCCCUCGCUGUGGGCCGUGUCCCCUCAGGAUGGCGGAGUGCCGUCUGGAGGCUGCAGCUCAGGGAUCCUGGGCUGGGUUGCAAGAAUUCUGGAUGGGGGUCUUUGUCCGAGCUGCACUGGAUGCGUCUGAGGAGCCCCCGGCCUUUGUUCCUUACUUUGGUAGACCCCCCAAAGCUUCCUGUCUGUGAUCUUUGGUUGACUUCUGUGGAUAUAAAACUUAGCUGUGAAGUACUUCAAAGAAGGCAGGCAGUUUUUCUUAUUGUCAGCUAUGUUUGUCUUUCGAAGCAAGAGAAUCUAUGCAGCUUUUACCCCAGAGCCCUCCUGACCCACUUUUCGUCACGUGGCUUCGUGAACAUUGUCAGCUCCUGGACUGGGAAUACCAGCCACCUCCCCACGGCCCAGGAAGGCAGAGCUUCGUCCUGGCCAGGGGGAGCUGGCUGUUGGCCUACGGCCUGCAGAGUCGCUUAGGAGGGGCCCUAGAAACGGCCCCAGGCAGGCCCAUUGGGCCCCUCUGCCCAGGACAGGCCUGGUCUGACUUGUUCAGUGCCUUCCGCUUAGCCAUUCCGGAGACCCUCAGGGGGCCAGAAGGCGUUUGCGCUUGGAAAUUCCAGCUGGAAUUACAUUUGUGGGAAAAUCUUUUUUUUGCUCAUUUCCCAAUUAAUCUGCUGAUGGGUCCAACAUAACCGCACAAGCAACUAAGAUUUAGUUUUAAUCUUUGGUGAGUUGACGUGAAGGUUUUUCUUCACUGACCCGAGAGCCAAACUCAAGAGACCUAAAGAGGAGAACAGAGUUUGCCAGACGUGAAAAUUGUGGAAACUUCUGAGGGCCCCGGAAGCGUCUCUGAGCUCGGCCUCGGAUUCCGCCAUCACCGGAAGGGGCAGCCAGAGAAUCCAGCGCCAUGGAGCCCCUGCUCACCUUUGGCUAAAACUAGAUGCUCAACCCGACGAGUCAACCGUGGCGACCUGAGUUGCGUGUGAGGAGCUGCAUGCUUCCCUUCCCUUCCCCGCUGCUGACUUUGAUACGUGAUCAGAGUUUCCAUCUUUUUUUUAAAUCUCUACAAUCCGCUGGGGGGGGAGGCUGUGUCUCCUUCCCAGGAGGGGUUUUAACUUAUUUCAGAGCAAGUGCAUGAGAGUGUGUCAAUGCCUUUUAUUUAUUUGUAUGCACUUUUAAUAUGCAGAAUUUAUAUUUUUAUGUUUUGAAAAUAAUUUCCUUUCCUGAAGAAGGGUUUGGAUACAAGGGAUUGGAUGAUUAACAGUGAAAAAUGUAAUAAUAGUUCAAUAAAUUUACAGUGUACAAGGACUUGCAUGAGGGAAAGCGUUUUUCUUCAAACUUCAACCCUCUCCCCCAUCCCAUCAAAAGGUGUUUUUUUUUUAAAUUUGAAUUUAUAUCCCACCCUUCUCCGAAGACUCAGGGCGGCUUACACUGUGUUAAGCAAUAGUCUUCAUCCAUUUGUAUAUUAUAUACAAAGUCAACUUUUAUUGCCCCCAACAAUCUGGGUCCUCAUUUUACCUACCUUAUAAAGGAUGGAAGGCUGAGUCAACCUUGGGCCUUGUGGGACUUGAACCUGCAGUAAUUGCAAGUAGCUGCUGUUAAUAACAGACAGACUUAGUCUGCUGAGCCACCAGAGGCCCUGUAAUGGCAAAAUCUCCCUCAAGUGGAGCUAGAAUUUGGUCAUAGCACAGAUACAUCCAGGUCUUGCUUUUAGCAAUAAUAUGAAAAUGAUUUACCACUGUUUCCUUUGGAUGCAGUUUUUCAAAUCCCCAGUCCCAAAAUCGCCAAACUGCAGAACAUUUGGCUGGGAGCAACUGGGGGCCAGUUCAAUCCAUCUCCAUACCCAGUGCAGCCCUGGGACAUCCGCCUGAGGCUUCAUUCCCUCCAAGAUCAAACCCAGUUUCUCCUGGGCUGCCCAAAUCCCUGAGACCCUCAGGGUAAAAGGUGAUGAUUUCUCUCCACCGUAGCUCUUCUUCUUAAGCAAGAUAGCUGAUGAUAAUGAGCAGAAUGUGUCAGAUUUCCCAGAAUUCCCCUGGAGAAAUGGAUUGUUGUUCUACCAUGUCUAAAAAGAUGAGAAGUGCUCUCUCUCUCACUCUCUUUCUGCUGUGUCCUCCUGCCUUUGCUCUUUGCUCAGGGCAGAGAACCUGCAACCAGCACAUCACAGAAGUUAACAGAAUAAUAGAGCGGGAAGAGAACUUGGAGAUCUUCUAGUCCAGCCCCCUGCUCAAGCAGGAGACCUUAUAUCAUUUCAGACAAGUGGCUGUCCAAUCACCAAUUGGUGACUCUGCUGAGUCACUUGAAUAGAAUAGAAUAGAAUAGAAUUUAGAAUAGAAUAGAAUAGAAUAGAAUAGAAUAGAAUAGAAUAGAAUAGAAUAGAAUAGAAUUUAGAAUAAAAUUUUUAUUGGCCAAGUGUAAUUGGACA